UCACAGUCGGUGCCGAGCCGCCGAGCCGAGCUGAUCGAAGCCGAAGCCGAUAAACGGGUGGUGAGGGUUCAGUCGCGUGUUAGCGAGAGCGCGCGCGGGUUCGUCUGUCUGUGUCGGGGUGGUCCGUAUAUCGCGGACGGGAAGCCAAGCACGGGAGCAGGGGCGACGUGUGAGAUGAGCGGGAUGCUGAAGCUGUCGACGUCGUUGCUGCCGAGGAGCCUGCCCGGUGCGGCGACGCUGAACAAGCUGGGACUGCCGCUUCUCCUCGGCAACCGCAGGUUUCACCGCACGCCAGAUCGCACGGCCAAGAUCUCCGACGAGAUCUCCAAGCAGUACCCGUUGGUGGAUCACACGUAUGACGCGGUGGUAGUGGGAGCCGGCGGUGCCGGUCUACGCGCGGCCUACGGCCUCGUGGCCGAGGGCUUCAAGACCGCGGUGGUCACCAAGCUGUUCCCGACGAGGUCGCACACGGUCGCCGCCCAGGGUGGCAUCAACGCCGCCCUGGGCAACAUGGAGGACGAUAAUUGGCAGUGGCACAUGUACGACACCGUCAAGGGCUCGGACUGGCUGGGCGACCAGGAUGCCAUUCACUACAUGACCCGUGAAGCGCCGAAGGCCGUCAUCGAGCUGGAGAACUGCGGCAUGCCCUUCAGCCGCACCACCGACGGCAAGAUCUAUCAACGCGCCUUCGGCGGUCAAUCCCUCAAGUUCGGUAAGGGCGGCCAGGCUCAUCGAUGCUGUUGCGUGGCCGACCGGACCGGCCAUUCGUUGCUGCAUACACUUUAUGGCCAGUCGCUGAGCUACGAUUGCAACUACUUCGUCGAGUAUUUCGCCCUCGAUUUGCUGAUGGAGGGUGGCGAAUGCCGCGGCGUGAUCGCGCUCUGCCUGGAGGACGGGACGCUGCAUCGCUUCCACGCCAAGAACACGGUGCUCGCCACCGGCGGCUACGGGCGCGCCUACUUCUCCUGCACAUCCGCGCACACCUGCACCGGGGACGGUACCGCCAUGGUCUCCAGGGCCAAUCUGCCCAAUCAGGACCUGGAAUUUGUGCAAUUUCAUCCUACAGGCAUCUACGGCGCCGGAUGCCUGAUCACAGAAGGCAGCCGCGGCGAAGGUGGUUAUCUGAUAAACAGCGAGGGCGAGAGGUUCAUGGAGCGUUAUGCACCGGUAGCGAAGGAUCUGGCAUCGCGAGACGUGGUGUCUAGAUCCAUGACAAUGGAAAUUAGAGAGGGCAGAGGCGUUGGACCAGAGAAAGAUCAUAUUUACCUGCAGCUACACCAUCUGCCGCCUGAACAGCUAGCCGCUCGGUUGCCAGGAAUUUCGGAAACGGCGAUGAUAUUCGCUGGCGUCGACGUGACCCGGGAACCCAUCCCCGUCUUACCCACCGUUCAUUAUAAUAUGGGAGGUGUGCCGACGAAUUAUAAAGGUCAAGUGUUAACCAAGGAGAACAAUCAAGACAAAGUAGUACCCGGCUUAUAUGCAUGCGGCGAGGCAGCUUGCGCAUCUGUUCACGGCGCUAAUCGAUUGGGUGCCAACUCUCUAUUGGAUUUAGUCGUAUUCGGGCGUGCUUGCGCUAAGACUAUUGCCCAAGAGAAUAAGCCUGGUGAGGCGAUUGGACCCCUAAAACCUAACGCUGGCGAAGAGACGGUAGCUAAUUUAGACUGGGUAAGACACGCUAACGGUUCCAUCUCUACCGCGGAAUUGAGGCUGACCAUGCAGAAGACCAUGCAGACGCAUGCGGCGGUCUUCAGAGAAGCCGAAACCUUGAAAGAAGGCUGUCGGAAGAUGACCGAUCUCUACAAGAAACUGGGCGAGCUAAAGGUCGCUGACAAAUCUUUAAUAUGGAAUUCCGAUUUGAUAGAGACGCUUGAGCUGCAAAAUCUCAUGGUCAACGCGAUGCAGACCAUCUUUGGAGCGGAGAACAGGAAGGAGAGUCGUGGCGCGCACGCUCGCGAGGAUUAUAAACAGAGAAUCGAUGAAUACGAUUACAGUAAACCAAUUGAAAAUCAACAACCGAAACCCUUCGAUCAACAUUGGAGGAAACACACGUUGUCGAAGAUCAAUCCGAGAACAGGAGAGGUGUCUCUGGAUUAUAGACCGGUGAUCGACGUUACGCUCGAUCAACAGGAAUGCGCGACAGUUCCGCCAGCGAUUCGUUCCUACUAGAUUAAUUCUAUAAAUGGACAAUAUUAAGAUCCAUCGCUCUAGGACUCUCAUCAAUCGCCACCGAAUUUCGGUCUCAGCGCAAUUCUCGAUCGCAGCCUAAUAUUGAGCAUUAUUUAGACCGAGGUUUUAGCGCAAAGAAAUCGUCGCCGUGACGAUUCUAGUGCUAAAACUACUAUUGCGCAACAAACCUGUUAAUUAAUUUAUUUCACACAUAUACAUACACUCACCAACUUCAUCGUGCACCAAAGUUGAUUCUUGUCACUCGCUUGCGCCGUGAGUCGCACGAGCAGGAGUAAUGGUCUUUGUAGGAUGCCGAUGCUGAGAUUAUUGUCCUCUCGUCUACGUGAGGGAGUACGCGCGAUCUCGCUCAGCGAAAUCGGUACUCAAUUCAACAAGUAAUAGUCGAAACUAGAACAAUUCGCGGUAACAGAAGGUCUGUAUAUAAAACACGGACCUUUUCAGGAAAUACGUUUUCUCUUCUGUAAUAUAGUACAACGUAUCCAGUUACGACACGUUCUUAUUGCGCUUUGAUCCCAGUACAACGUACUCUCGCGUGUAAUGGUAGCAGAACAUCAACGAAUACCAACGAAUUCGAUCGCGAACGUUAUUUCACUUGAAUUACAAAUUUAUGUGUAGUAAGAUUUUUGCAAACCUUUGAUAAGAACUUAUUAAAAACUCCGCUGACAGGAGAUCUUAAUAAGCUCUGUUUCUUAAAAUAAUUAUUUACCUCCUGUACACCAUCUGAGUGUUUAUUGGAAAUUAUGAUAAACCUUUGUAAUUUUUAUUUAUAAAUAGAGCGUUGAUAUUUUAAGUUAUUGUUGCACGUAAUGGUACUUUGAUGCUGUACCUCUGUACUCUAAUACGAUUAUCAUUCUCGACAUCGAUUUGAUGUUUAUUUUUACGUAUUUUUGUCAUUAUGGAGAUGUACAAGAAUUGUUUGAUUUAUUUAAGUGCUCCUUUUCGCGAUACAUGCUCUUGUGAAGAAUCAAUCGACAGUAAAAAAUGAAUUAAUAUUUAUGACAAUUAACAUUGAUGAUAAUUGAUAUGCUAUUGCUCCGUAUAAGCUCUUGUGUUUUUGUUUGAAAAGUGAUCGAAUAAUUGGAAUAUCUGUAGGCGUUAUUUAAAUGCGA